AUGUUGGCUCCUCCUCCUCUGAUCUUUCUCCUCAUGCUUCAUGGAGUUUAUAGUGCUGAUGAUGGGUGGGGUGUGAAUUACAGCUCUUCAUCCAUCUGUGCACUAAAGGGUUCAACAGUUAUAAUAAACUGCACUUAUAAAUACCCUACUGGAUAUAAGAUUAAGAACGUGUUAUGGACCAAAACUGAUGUUAGACCACCAAAUAAAGAGCAUCCAGAUCUGUUUAAUGAUACUAAAUACAGUCAGAGGAUUGAGUAUCUGGGAGAUAAACAUCACGACUGCACCAUGAGACUGACUGAUGUGAGACAGACAGAUUCACACAAAUACUAUUUCAGAUUCUUCACUGAAAAACCAGAUGGGAAAUGGUUUGGCUCUCCUGGGACCACUCUUAAUAUCACAGAUCUUCAGGUGGAGUCUUCAGGUGUGAGAGUGACAGAGAGACAUUCAGUGAAUCUUACAUGUAAAAGCAGAUGCAAUCUGACUGACAGAUCAACAUUCAUCUGGUUUAAAAACACACAGUCAUUAAGUGAGAGAACAGACAGAAACAAUCAACUCAUCCUGCAGUCAGUAAGAAGAGAGGAUACAGGCAACUAUAGCUGUGCUGUACAGGGACACAAUCUCACAUCACCUCAUCAAUAUCUCAAUGUCAUCUAUGCUCCAGAUAAACCUGUAAUCUCUAUCAGUCCAUCUGGUGAAAUAAUGGAGGGUGAUUCAGUGAAUCUGACCUGCAGCAGUGAUGCAAAUCCACCUGUUCACAACUACAGCUGGUUUAAGGUGAAUGAAACAUCAUCUGUUGGAUCUGGACAGACGUACAGCAUCACUAACUUUAACUCCAGUCACAGUGGAUGGUUUUACUGUGUGGCUCAGAAUGAAGUCGGAUCUCAGAGAUCUGCUGCUGUAUCACUCAAUGUUAAAGGAAAUAUGGUGAUAUUUCAGACAGUCACUGGAGUGUUGAUUUUCGUGGCUGCAGUUUUUAUUGUGGUGAUGAUAAUUUGGAGAAUCAGCUGGAUGAAAAAGAGAAAUAACUCAAAGUCUCAGACGGUUCAUCAUAGUCCUUCUCACAACAGCCAUAAAAUAUGUGAUGACCUGUAUGAGAAUCUAAGGUGUUAA